CGUGCAGAAAGAACCGCUGGAGAAGUCUUCAGACGACAUGACCAUGUGAUCGAGCUUCUGAAACUCUCGUUUGCUUGCAAUCACUAGGAAGAAAAUGGAAGACUUUGAGAAGAAGGUUUCAAUCUCCGACUCCAUGGACGUUGAACAUGACAGCAGCAGUAGCAGCGAUAGUAACUCUUCCUCUCAAACUCUCCAAUUGCUUCGCAGAUUCCUCGGGGUUCAGCAGCGCAGAGCUGAAGCAUAUGCCAGGCUUAAACAAGGGUUUGCAGAGUAUAUGGAUUCGGGUGGUGAAUUAGCUUACCAACAGCUCUGCAGUGAGAUCACUGUCGAGUUCAACGAUUGCUCGAAACAAGUCCUCGAAAUGGAGUCUCAGUUCAUGAAUCCCGACUUAUGCCGGGUCGACUUAGCCCAGCUACUCAGAGCAGUUCAAGUACAGGAAAAGGAGAAAUUGCACCUGACUGCCACUAUUCAAGUGCUGAAGAAAGCUGGUCGCCCCUCGGAGCGUAUUGUAAGCCAUGAGAACUGCAAAUUCAAGAAACCCAUGGGGCAUGAAUGCAUCCACCUCCACGAGAUUACAGAAGCCGCCGGGACAGAAGAGGCAGAGGCAGAUGCAGAGUAUGACAAUGCCCUCAAGGAAGCCAUUAGAGGGGUGCAGGAUGCUGUGACUGCUAUAAAUGACCAUCUGGACGAAGUUCGGUAUGAAAUUGCUGCACUAGAAUCUCAUUGACCCCCCCGCGUGCUACUGAAUUGUAUCUAUUCGGUUUCUGAGAGAGUGAAUACGACCUUCAUGUGUACAUGGGCUCAAAGUUUUCUUGAAUGAAAUCAUAUCUAAUAUGCUGGUCGAUAGGUAUAUUCAGUUUAUUAGAGGUAGAGAUAAUGUAAGACAUUGCCACUCGAAGAAUGUAUUGGAUUAAUUUACUUAUUACCAACAGAAACAUGAGAUAGAUGCCGAAA